AUGGGCUCCCUUGCUGUCGAGAUCCCCCUCGGGACAGAUGAGGCCAUGAAUGCCGAGAUCACGGCCAUCUGGGUCGAGAUGCAGAAGCGAGUUGCGAAACUUGCACAGCUUGCCGGGGGUGAAGUUGAUCCGAACUUGCAGGUGGGCAGCAUCUUGAAUAAUCUGGACGUGGCAGCCAACCCGAAGAAAAAAACAUCCCAAGGCGUCGGCGCGUGCAUUGUCGCUGAUGGAGCAUCGCAGGUGUUUGGCCCGGCUGGCCAAUGUUACAAUGCUAUCAACUUUCUGAUUGGUGCAUACAAAGGAUACCAGUCGUCUUUUGAUGAUUUGGCAGAUUUAUUCGAGAAAUGCACUAAAUUCUUGAAGCGGUUGGAAGAGUACUCCGCGGGCAAGAUGGAUGCCAAAUUGACCAUGGUGGUGUAUCAGCACCUGGACCUGUUUGUGCAAAUUUGUGACCGGGCUUAUGGCCUCCGCGCGCAGGUGCGCCCAAGAUUCAAGCUCUUCGCGAAAAGCGCCUUCCUCUCGUCCAAUGGCAUGGAGGAUCUCACUAGCCAGAUGGAGAGCCUUAUCGACGAAGAGAGAGGUUUGGUUGGCGCUCAGACAUUCAAAUAUGCGUCUCUGACGCAUGGCAACACCGAGAUAAUCCUUGAGAAAACGGACCAGAUGGAUGGAAAGCUGGACGUUCUUGUCGAAGAUAGCUCGGCCAACAAGAACAAGCGUGAGAAAGACGACGACAAGAGGGCCCUGCUGCACAUUCUUUCUUACGAUAAGACAUCGGCUGCAUGGGACCACAAUACUCAAAAGCCCACUGACUCUUGGGAGAUCUCAUACAACAACAUCCGCAGGAACCACGUGGAGAACACCGGCGAUUGGCUCUUUUCGAAUCCUGAAUUCAAGGCUUGGGCCAAUACCACCAGCAAGUCCCCUGUCAUCGGGCUGGUUGGCAGUGAGGCAUCUGGCAAAAGCUAUCUUACCUCCACUAUUAUACGGCAUCUGCGCAAUAACCCGGUGACAGAGCAGCCAGACGCCAGACAACUGGUCGGCUUUUACUGGAUGGGCAAUGGGCAAGUGGACAUCGGCGACAUUUCCAGGGCUCUUGUCUGGCAGUAUGCUGAGGAUGACGAUUCCUAUCUGCAAACGGUGGCGGCGAAAUGCAAGCAAAUCCGCUCGCUUGACCCAAAAGAUAUCCUCCCCACCCUCCUGCUGGAUCCCAAAGUUCUGGAGAAGGUAGAUGCGACCUUUUAUAUUGUCAUCAACAAGCUCGGUGGGUAUGCCGAGAGUGUUGAUCCGGUCCUGCUGAGCUUCUUGCAACGGAUUUGGCGAUCUCAGUACAACAAUGUGCGCAUCCUUUUUACAGCUACCCCCAGUAUAGCGGAACACCUCGGGACGAAAGGCCUCUUUUGUCCGAUUAUCUCGAUCAGUGAGCACAACCAUGACGACAUACGGAAAUUCAUUUCCGCUCGGAUGGAGGGCAUGGAGUCUCUCUCAGAUAAACGCAAUCCCAAGGUUCGCGAGAUCCGCGAGGAGAUUGUGGACAAACUCUGCAAUCAAACCAAGGGCGAUUAUAUUAAGGUUGAUCUAGCCUUGAGUACGAUCGGCUCCUUGGAUGAUGUCGACGAGAUCCGCAGGGUGCUAGAAAAUGCCGGAAACCCCUUGAUUGACAAUAUCAGGACCGAAAUUGAUACACUGGCUAAGACUCGCACUGCCAAAGAGCUUCAAGAAAUCAACGAUAUAAUCCUCUGGCUUGAAUACGGACAGAGGAGCCUAUCAAUCAAUGAGAUGUCCAAAUUCCUCGAAUGGAAAAGCAAGACCGUCUCAGUGCGCUCCCUCUUGUCCAAAUUCAAGGGUAAAUACUCAUUGUUCGAAGUGGACACGGACGGCAUGGUGAGCUAUAAAUCCAGUAAAGUCCACGAAGCGAUUAGACAGCGAGACGAGAUAGCAACAACCGAACAGGAAAGCGACAAAAAGGUCACGGCAAGUGAGAUACACGUGCUCAAGCACUUCCUUGACAAGAUGUGUCCCCCCGUCCUGCUCGAUAAGCUCGACGUCCAGACCUACCUGGAUCAAAAGGUCCAUAAGGAGGAAAUGCACAUCUUCAAAGAGGACCCAGCGACCGCGAAUGCCCAGCUCGCUAUAUACUGCCUGAAGCUCCUCACAGAGGAGCUGCCGCCACAGUACCUCGAGUUGCGAGGUUACGCAUCCGCCUCCCUGUUAAUGCACCUCGACCUCGUCGAUCUCGCAAUGGUCAACCGCGAUGUGAAGAGCCAGGUUGGGCCCGAUCUCGUCAAGAUACUGGUUGAUAGUGACUGUAUUGACAAUGUCUUCUUCGCCAGUCGUGUAGGCGCGAGGCUCGGAGACUGGAUUUUCACCCAGACUUCGCGGCGCGCUGUUGAAAAAUGGCUCAAGGAUUCCGCAGCCAUGUCUAAGGUUGACGCAGAGUUGAAGGCUUGGGCUGCGAAGGCGGUUGGCGAUCCGAAUGAUAUGUUUGGAGAGCUUCUUAAGCCCACCGCGCGGCAGAUGGCGAAGCACUGCUUCCACAAGCCGAACUGGAGUGAUCAUACAUUGGCGGCUUUUCUCUUCAUUGUCAAGUACACUUUCAAGUCGAAAUUCCCGAAAGAGAAAAUCGAGUCUCCAAGCCUCGAACAGAUCGAAGAGGCAGAGACGUGGUCUGUACAGGCGCUCGAAGGUGUAAAAGAAACCACCCGGGAGAUCCAAAUGGCGUGGCUAUUGAAAAAGCUAUCCCGACCACGCGAGGCAGAGAAAAGAUGCCGCCAUGCCCUCGAGCUCGAUCCAAGCAACUAUUCAGCGUCCUAUCUUCUCGCCACGAUAGUUGAGUCCGACCAAGAAGCCAUCGCGAUCUUAACCGUUAUCAUCGAGCCGCUCAAAUCUGACAGCGCCUGGGUCGCCGAAAACAAGCAACAUCUCAUCGAGAUGGAAUACGAACUCGCCCGUCGAUACUGGAGCGUCAACCUAUAUGACCAAGCCGUCGAACUAUACUCCUCAGUCAUCCAAGCCAACCCUAACGACGAAGACAAAGUCCUCUCCAUCCUAUCCCGAUACAGGUCCCACCACCGCUGGGCUGAUGCCCUAAAAAUCAUCCAAGCUAUCAACCUUCUGCACGAAGACCCCGCCAGCCCAACCUCCCUCGCCAUGCCCCUAAUGGCCCACGAAGAAUUUCACCGGAUCCUCGUCGCAGUCAUGCUGGAGACAGACCAAACUGACUCUCUGACCACCUUCUACGACACCGUUAUCAAGCACGCCACCGACAUCAAAGCAACCGACGUCUCUUGCUAUGCCCGCUAUUACGGCGCCCUGUCCCUAAGCAAGAGCUCCGACCAGAUCCACCCGCACAUCGUGAAGAUGGUCGAAGCAGCCGUCAAAAACGACAGCGCCAACUCCCAUGUCGGCCAGGACAACUUCUUCCUCCUCGCCGGCGCCGACCUCGCCGCCAUGUACCUGUAUCAAGCGCGCGAGGCGCACGCCGCAGACGACCAGAUCCGCGUCGCAAAGUACCUGGGCAAACUGGGCACGCUGCGGCCGGACGGGAUCCCCGAGUGGCAGCUCAUGCUCCCGCCGCAGGUGUACGAGGCGCGGUUCUGUAUUAUCGCGAACGAGGAGAAGCGGGCGCGGCGGCUGACGCAUGACACGGUCAAGGUUGCGCUGGAGCUGCUCUCGGACGACGAUCUGACGAAUGAUGCGGAUGCGUUCGAGAGGCUGUUUUUUGCGUUCCUGGCGCUGGGGGAUAAGGAGAAUGCGACAACGGCGCUGGCGAUGAUUGCGCUGUGUCAGCGGACGAAUGCUGCAAGGGGGACGCCGGGUUUGGUGCAUCCGUCGCAGAAUUGGGGGUUCUCGCUUGGUGUCCGUGAGAAGACGGUUUGGGAUAGGCCUGGGGAUGUUUCGUGGUGUCAGAAUUGUAUGAAUAUUGUUGACGAGACGAACUCGGAGAAUACGUUUAAGGGAAGGCUGAGGUUCAAUAUCUGUCAUGGGAAACAUGAUGCUUUGCAUGUUGAUCGAUGGGAUCCGGAGAGGCUGGAGAAGCUGCCUACUGGGUAUGUGCCGUGGAAAGACCAGGAUAUUCCUAUGAAGGAGUGGGAGAAGAAGAUCCAGGCGAUGAUGAAUAUGAAGUAA